AUGGCGCACAUGACAUCUAUGGUCGUGUCCACUGUAGGUCAGAUGGAACUGGAUAGCUCUCCCAACGGAAAACAAAACAGAGUAUAUCCUUCCCCAGCAGCCAAGAAAGCCGGAUUCAAAGCCACACUCAACGUGGAAGAGGCUUUCAGUUCGGGAAUGACCACUGGAAACAAUUUGUCCAACCUUAAGGCAUGUGCCGAUGUUUGGACCCUCAACGUCGGCGGGAAGGUAUUUCAAGUGAGGUCCAGCACCCUGCAGAAAAAAGAUCAAGGCGUCUUGAGUCGACUGUCCCCGAGUCACGAUUCCUUCCAGGAGUCGUGUAACCAGUACUUCUUUGACAGAAAUCCUAAGUAUUUCACCGCAAUCUUGGAUUAUUACAGAACUGGCAAGAUGCACGUGAGCCGCGACUUCUGUGGUAGCCAACUGGAAGAGGAGUUGGCGUAUUGGCAGUUAACCGAUGACGUCAUCGGCGAAUGUUGCUGGAGAAGAUACAGCGAUUUGAGAGAAGAGGUGCGUAAAAAUGCUCAGGUGACAAAGGAGUACCUGGACAUAUGUCAGGUCAGACUCUCCCGGCUCAUGGGACUUCCGCUCUGGAAAGAGAGGAUGUGGGUAACCUUGGAUGACCCCUUGUAUUCUUUACCAGCCAGAGUGGUGCUGUUCACUUACCUUUUCUUGGUUCUUGUAUCAUUCACGACGGCAUGCUCAUUAUCGUUUUCUGUGUCUCUUCAUCGGCGCCUGAACCUUUCAAAUGAGUCAAAGAACAACAGUGCUGAAACCGGGAUGUUCAACAUAAAAACCUCAUAUGACAAGGAUUUCAUUCGAAUCAGUCUGCAUUAUGUUGAAUUAGGCUGCCUGUGUGUGUUGUCUUUCUUCUUCGGUGUACGAGCUGUUAUUUGUCCAGACAAAGGCCAGUUUUGGAGAAGCCCUCUAAACAUUCUUGACGCCCUGUACAUAAUUUCUAGUGGAUUGAGCACGUUUCUGUGUUUGCAAUUCUCUGCCACUUUUGUCAUCGGUCUCAACAACUAUAUGAUUGCGUACGCCAUACACCAUUUCACAAUGAUAAUCGGCGUCCUAAGAGUCUUUCGUGCUGCACGCCACUACAGGGGUGUGCGAGAACUAUGGUACGCCAUAAGGGCCAGUUUUCGAGAAGUGUGGCUGUUGUCCAUGUUCGUCACUAUCGGUGUCGUCAUAUUCGGUAUCUUGUUUUACUGCGCGGAUCUGCUCUAUGACGACCAAGUUGACAACGUGUUUGUCGGCUUCUGGUGGGCUUUAAUCACCAUGACAACAGUGGGUUACGGUGACGUCGUGCCACGCCAGCUGAUAGGCUACAUGGUGGCGGCGGUCUGUGCUAUGGUGGGCCUCGUUGUGAUCAGCCUCCCCAUACCAUUUAUCGCUCACAAUUUUAGCCUGUACUACGGCUACCGCAGCAGGACCUGCAAGCUUGUGACGGCCAUGAAGCACGACAUACAGAAAUAG